AUGCAGACCGCCGAACCCACCUCUGUUUCAUUAUUCAUUACUUCCUCCUCCCUUCCUCCUCUCCUUCCCACGAUGAUCUCCUCCUCAUCUCCUUCCUCCUCCUCAGCGUCCGGUUCACGGAAAAAACCGCGGCCCGGUCCGAUCCCCCGGCCCCAGACCAAGUGGCGGACCGGCGCCCAGGAGAGGAUCUACAGGCGCCGCCUCCUCGAGGCCCUCCGCUCCGCCCGCGUCUGCACCGGCGGCGGCGGGGCCCGGGCCGUCAAGGAGGCGGCCGACUCCGCCCUCGCCCUCACCGCCCGGGGACAGUCCCGGUGGAGCCGGGCCAUCCUCUUCGGUCGCUGCCGCCGUCGCAAGCUCCUUCUCAAGGCCGGCGGCAAGGUCCGGCGGCGUCAGCAGCCGCGGCCCGUCAGGAAGGCCCCCUCGCCGCCGCCUCCACCGGCGGCGCUGAAGGGAAAGAAGGUGAGGGACCGGCUCCGCGUGCUGGCCCGGCUGGUUCCUGGGUGCCGGAAGCUCUCGGCGCCGAGCCUGCUGGAGGAGGCGGCCGACUACGUGGCAGCGCUGGAGAUGCAGGUGAAGGCGAUGCGCGCCCUCGCCGACGCCCUCUCGGCGGCGGCACUCUCCUCUCCGCCCCUGCCAGCCGCUAUCCCCGAACCGGAGAACUGAGGGCCGGCCGGCGGGCUUCGCUUUGUAUUCUAAUUAUUAUUGAAUAAUAAAAAGAAGUAGAUGUGUGGAGAGAGUAGAAUUUAUGGAGAUAUUUUUGUUGGGUUUGUAUGUCAUUGUAAAUUCUCAGAUACUUGUAUAUGCUGCUGCUGUCUGAUUGUUUCUUCUAACAGCAACAUGAGAAUUUAUAUUUUACACUCUCUCAUCUAUUAUCACUUUUGUUG